CAUCGUUCACUUAAAAGAGCCGUUCAAAGGAACCGACUCGUUCGCGAACGUCCCAUCUCUAGUUUGUGCAUGCGCCCCUAUAGCAGCCAGCGCAGCAGCGAAUGGUAACAACCGUGCUGUGUUUUGAUGGCGAACACGGAACCUGGAUUCGGUUUCUGGUUUGAUUCGUGACCUCGACAGCUGCAUGAAGAUCUGGGGCAGCUCUGCCAUCACCCAGAAAACAUGCAGUCAGUUACUCGGUGCGUUUCCAGCCUCCUCUGCUGCCGUGUUAGCAUGGUGAGAGCUAUGUAGGUGAUGUUAGCAGGGACAGCCAGCCUGCCUGCUCCGGGGUCGGACCCGCUUUGUGACCAGUAAAUCGUCCGGUUUGUAGCUCCUCUGGAAUGCAUCUCUCCAAGAAAUGUUCCGCCUUCAAAGUGGUGCUGAGUGCUCUGCUGAUCGUGGCGCUCCUGCAGCUCAUCUACCUGUCCUUCUUGUCCAAGUUCCACGGUAAGCAGCAGCGGUACCGGUACUCGGAGCUCUUCGGGGGCUCGGGGGGGAAGAAGAAUGCGCACACCGAGAAGAACUCGCGCAGGGAGCGUCUGAGGUACUCACUGUCUACUGGUGGGAUCUUUGACAACAGCGGGCAGUACAGGGUCUACAAGAACUUGAUCAAGAGUGAUUUCACCAACAAUCUAAAACCAGGAUCUGACCCCAAUGUCCUGGCUUUGGGCACACACACAACCAUUAACAACCUGCAUCACCUGGAGUCUCUUCUGGAGAGGUGGAAGAACCCUCUCUCUGUGGCCAUCUUCGCACACGAUCAAGAUGUCAGGUUUGCUACAGCCCUGGUCUACGCGCUCAGCUUCUUCUGCCCCCACAUUCAGGCCCUGGUGGACUUCCACUUAGUGUGCCUCUCUGGAGAGAUGGCGAGCUUCCCAGAGCAGGACCGGGAGCACUUUGCAGGUCUUGAGGACUGCUCCUCUGUGUUCUCCAGGCUGGAGAGCUACAGGGACAAACACAAGAACUACGCCAUCAGUGGAAACGUCUCGUACCCCAACAACCUUCUUCGAAACGUCGCCAGAAGUGGAACAGAGUCCUCCCACAUCCUGGUCAUUGACAUCGACAUGAUGCCGAGUGCCGACCUGCACCAGCACUUCCUGGACAUGAUCACAAAGCGCGAGCCAGCCAGCGAUGAGGUCUUCGUCCUUCCUGCCUUUGAGAUCCGCCACGCCAGGAAGCUGCCAGGCACCAAGUCUGAGUUGGUUCAGCUGUAUCAGGUGGGAGAGGUCAGGCCGUUCUACGAUGAGCUGUGUCCUCGCUGUCAAGCCCCCACCAACUACUCACGCUGGGUCAACAGCCAUGUCAGAGACACUGGUACCCUGGAGGUGGCCUACACGCUCACCUGGGUGGACCCCUGGGAGCCUUUCUACAUCGGGCCCCACACUGUGCCGCUCUAUGAUGAGAACUUCAAGCAAUACGGAUUCAACCGAAUCAGCCAGGCCUGUGAGCUCCACGUGGCCGGGUACAAGUUCUCGGUGCUGAGCUCGGCGUUCGUGGUGCACCGCGGCUUCAAGAUCCAGGGGGAGUUCCACGCCAAGAAGGACGAGGAGAACAAACAAAACCGGGUUCUGUUCCGCAGCUUCAAAGAGGGCCUGAAAACCAAAUACCCGUCCUCCAACCGGCGCUGCUGAAACAAAACGAGGACUACGACCUAUCUGCUAAAAUGAUGGAUGCUCAUUUUUCUUAAUCCAGCCAGAUUUAGCUUCCAGUCAGGCUCUCCCUGUCCAACACGUCCCACUUUCACUCCGAUUUCUUCUGAUGAUGACACAGUAGUUUUAACCUCAUCAAACUCUUGGGUUUAUUUCAAGACUGGCUGACAAAGAGCAGCAGGAGAUGUUCUCUGGGGGUUUGUGACAGCUAGCUGCUAAAAGAAGAAAUGUUUAUUUGACGUUGGAAAAUCGGCUGGCAACUCAUGAGACUCCUGUUUGCUUUAACUCAAAUGCAAAUGUGCAGUUAGAAGGUGUUUGAUUGACAUUUACUGAAAGGCAUAUGAGGAACAUUUCCUACUUUAAAAUAUUUUGAGCUUAUCCAGGUAUAAAAAUAGACAAAAACUGUGACUUUGAGAUUCUAUAUAUCCUUUUAGAGACAUGUAACAAAAGUUCUAAUUUUACUGUACAAAACAUUAAGUUCAAAGUUCAACAUUUCACGACAGCUGAUCAAAAAUGGCUAGUUCAUAAUUCUUUUAUAAAUAAAAGAACUAAAGACAUUUCUUUCUGGGAAUCAGAGCUGAAGUAUUGUUGAGCCCAUUUCCACCAGUAAAAAAAUAAGCCUUAAAGAUUUCAAAUCAUAAAGUCAUUAUUAUGAGAUAAAAUGUCUGAACUGUGAGGUUAUAAAGAACAAUUAUUUAUAGGUACUUAAAAUUAUGAAAUCAAAUACUGAAAUUAUGAAGAAAAAUGUUAAAAUCUUUAUAAAAGUCAUUAUUAGGACAUGAAAAGUUGAAUUUUAGGUGAAACCCAUAAAUAACAAAAGAUGUUGAGAUUGUAAGAGAAAAGAUCAAAAUUGUAAAACUCAUGAUUGUCACUUCCUGUUUCAUAAUUUUGACUUCUCAUCUCAUGAUAACAUAUUUCUACCUCUUAAGUUCAAUUUUGGAUGACAUACUCAUAAUUAUGACUAAAUAUCUCAUAACAUAUUUUCAUCUCGUAAUGAUAACUUUUACAGCAAAUAUUGUAUCCCAUAUUUUUAUUUUAACUUAUAAUUAAAAAGUUUAAUGUUGUAAUUUGGAUUCACUCCCUCUUCAUGUUAAUCCCAUAAUAAUGAAUUUUUGUCAUCAUUUUCACUUUUUAUUAUUUUUUUUGACGCUACACCCAAACUGUGAUGAAAAUGUUAAAUUUUGACAUUUUUCUCAUAAUUGCAGUGUUUCUCAUAAUUGAGACUUUUUACCUCAUAUUUGACUUUUAUUUCAUAAUUAAAACUUCUGACCUUGUAUUUUUGACAUAUCUCAAAAUAAUGACAUUUUAUCUCAAAUUUUUGACUUUUUAACACAUUUUUCUGAUUUUUUUCUGAAUUACUUUUUUCUCACUAUGUUUUUUUUCCUUUUAUUAUGACUGAAUAUGACGGUUGUUGUUUUUUUUACCACCAUUACUAAGUUUAAAAAUGUCAAAUUUUUGCUGGGUGAAGUGGGCUUCCAUACACUGGUAUUAUAUGGCCUUGUGAUUGGCUGUUUCAAAGACGGGGAGUAAUUUCCUUCAUACUGUAGCAGAAAACAAACAUGCCACUCAGUACUAGCUGCUCAUUUGAAAUCUGUCCUGUUUUCAGACGAUUAAAAGGGACAUUUUUACUUUUUCAAUAACAAUGACAAAACAAAAUGUUAAAUUGUGGAGUUGGUUGCUGUUUCAAAUUUUUUGGUGCAACCAUGACUGAUGUUUUUUUGUUUGUUUUUAAUAUUGUGCCAGUCAGUUACAUGCUCUGACCACCAGAGGGCAACAGACACUUGUGUGUUGAUUGCAGUGAGCGUUUGAAACAGAGAUUACACAACACAGGUGUUGUUUGGUGCCAAUAGAGGAGGUCUUUGAAUUCAUCAGUAUCUUUAGUGGCUAAAUCCUGGGUCACUAACAAGUCAUGAGGACAACGAAGCCCGGAGAAACUUUUUGUAUGACACUAAAUAACGGAAAGACUGUUGAAAACUUUGUUACAGCACUGAGGCUUUCAUACUGCUGUAGUAAUCGUUGGAUUAUCUAGAGUUGCUGCAGGGGGGUAUUCUCUGGUCAGUGGGCUUGAGGUAUAAUCGUAGCAGUUUGUCGGUAGAUGCGAUAAAUAAACGCACAUUAAAAACUACAAUCAAAAGCAGCCUGUGUGGACAAAAGGACUGCAGUAGAAAUGUUUAUGUUAACACUAUAAUUUACACUUUAUCCAUAAACCUACAGGUAGGUGUAGAUCAUGCAGUAUUAAACCUUGACUAUCACUCUUUCAUGUCUGUUUAGAGGAGAUGCACAAACACUGCAAGUGUGCGAACACCAAUAUGUUUUGUUUUGAGUAUUUCUGUCCUCACUUGCUGUUGUUGACAAGAUAUUUAUUAUUGUUAAUGUUUGGUUGAAUCAUGUUUUAACGACCUCAAGCAGGAAACUGUAGCAUGAAAUUGUGUUUUAAAACAACUUUAAUAUCACUUUAUUUUUGAUGUGAGAUUAUUUUUGUUUUGUGGUGUUGUGUUUUUUUCUCAUAUCUCUUUUUUUGGGGGAAAAUGCAUUUAUGUUUUCUAUUUAUUUUCCAACACAAUACAAAGCCUGAUUUGUUUGUUUGAUGGAGUUUCUAUUAAAAGUGCUGGGUGACCUUUA